GGGAAUGGGGAGAGAGGCUAGUGAUAAAGGAGAGCGAUCGUCAGAGAUACAAUGGGCGCUCCCCCACCGCAUCGUGCGGGGGGGCUGCCCUACCCAUCAGCCAGCUGGGGAUUUUGUUUUCAGAGGAAAUGGUCACGCUGGCGGGGGGAGUAGGGGACUAACCCCUAAGGGCUCCAAAGUUACAAGGCAAAUAGCCCCACAGAACUGGCCCCCAACAGACACACUCUUUCACUAUUUUCUUAAGCCAGACUCACGAUUUCUGGUCUCUGGCUCCUGACUGGGACCGUCUGGGGUGGCAGGAUGGACCAGGGCCCCUCUUGGAUUUCUGAGCAGGAUUCAGGGCUCAGAGUCACCGCCAGAACAGCAGGGGUAGAUCCGAGUGAGCUAAUGAGAUCAGCCUGGGACUGCUGGAGGAGAGUGGGGUACUCAGUCGUCAGCUGCUGCCACCAGAGGGAGAAGAGGCUAGUGUCUGCCUCUCUCUGGCCUGAAGAAGUGAUGUUGACUGUUCUCCAGCAUAUAAUGUUUAUUUAUGUUUCUGAUAUUUCUGUUCUUUACUAUAGAUUCAACCAAUUCAACUGAAUUUAGUCUUACUGGCCUGUAAUUGCCAGGAUUGCCUCUGGAGAUUACGUUAGGUAUCGUCCAGUCUUCUGAUGCCGGUGACUUUCGAGGAUGUGGCUGUGUAUUUCACCAAGGGGCAGGGGGCCCUGCUGGACCCCAGUCAGAGAGCCCUGUACAGGGAAGUCAUGGAGGAGAAUUACGAGAAUGUGACCUCACUGGGAUUUCCCAUUCCCAAACCUGACCUGAUCACCCGGCUGGAACGAUGGGAAGAGCCGUGGGUACCCGAUCUCCAGACCUGCCAGGAAAGGGAGAUUCUGAGAGAUACCCACAUAGCAGGUGAUGAGCAAGAGAGUGAGAAAGAGGAGGAGAAUCAACAUCAGGAAUUUCCUGGGAAAGUGGAACCACAGGGGACCUUUGGGAGAAGAGCUGAAGGGAAUUUCUCGCAAUGCUUGGAACAAGGAAAAGCCUCUGGAAAUCAGCACUGGUCAGAGAGGCUAUUCAGAAACCAGCCUACCAAGAAAGUGGCUGAAUCUAUUAAAUAUGUGGGAGGAUGCAAGGAUCCUGAGGAAACCACAGCCCAGCAGACAAAUCACAAGAAAGAGAGACCCAAUCAGUGCUUCAAAUGUGGGAAACAAUUCAUUCUGAGAUCACACCUUCUUACACAUCAGACAAUCCAUAUGGGAGGGAAACCCCAUAAAUGCUUUGAGUGUGGGAAGAGCUUUAGCCACAGCUCAUACCUCACUGCACAUUGGAGGACCCACACUGGAGAGAGACCCUAUAUAUGCUUGGACUGUGGGAAAAGCUUCAGUAACAGCUCAAACCUCACUAAACAUCGGAGAAUCCACACAGGAGAAAGACCAUAUAAAUGCCCAGACUGUGGGAAAUGUUUCAUUCAGAAGUCAAGCCUUGUUACACAUCAGACAACCCACACUGGAGAAAGACCCCAUAGGUGCUUAGACUGUGGGAAAAGCUUUAGCCACAGCUCAUACCUCAUUAGACACUGGGGGACCCACCUGGGAGAGAGACCCUAUAAAUGUCUCGAGUGUGGGAAAAGUUUCAUUCGGAGCUCGCACCUUAGUAGACAUCAGAGAAUUCAUACUGGAGAUAAACUUCAUCAAUGCCUCCACUGUAGGAAAAGUUUCAUUGAGAGACCAAACCUUAUUAGACAUCAGGUAAUCCACACAGGAGAGAGCCCCCAUAGGUGCUUGGAGUGUGGGAAAAGUUUCACACAGAGAUCAGCUCUUGUUACACAUCAAGCAAUCCACACAGGAGAGAGACCUCAUAAGUGCUUGGACUGUGGGAAAAGUUUCAUUCAGAGAACAAACCUUAUUUCACAUCAGACAAUACACACAGGAGAGAAACCGCAUAAAUGCUUGGAUUGUGGGAAAAGUUUUGCUUACAAUUCAGGCCUUAUUGUGCAUCAGAGAAUCCACACAGCAGAGAAGCCCUAUAAAUGUUUGGACUGUGGAAAAAGUUUCAGUCACAAAUCAAAUCUUACUAAACAUCAGAGAAUCCACAUGGGAGAAAGGCCAUAUAAAUGCCUGGACUGUGGGAAAUGUUUCAUUCAGAAAUCAAGCCUUGUUAUACAUCAGACAACCCACACUGGAGAGAGACCCCAUAAGUGCUUGGUCUGUGGGAAAAACUUUAGCCACAGCUCAUACCUCACUAGACAUUGGAGGACCCACACGGAGGAGAGACCCUAUAAAUGCCUUGAGUGUGGGAAAAGUUUCAUUCAGAGCUCACACCUUAUUAGACACCAGAAAAUUCAUACUGGAGAUAAACCUGAUAAAUGCCUCCACUGUGGGAAACGUUUCACUGAGAGAACAAACCUUAUUAGACAUCAGGCAAUCCACACAGGAGAGAGCCCCCAUAAAUGCUUGGAGUGUGGGAAAAGUUUCAAUCAGCGAUCAAACCUUAUUAUACAUCAAAGAAUCCACACAGGCUAUAACCUUCAUAAAUGCCUUGACUGUGGGAAAAGCUUCAAUAUGAGCUCAGAGCUUACUAAACAUCAGAGAAUCCACAAGCGUGAGACCCUAGAAAUAGCUUGACUGUGGGAAAAGAUUCAAUCUGAGUUCACACAUCAGUGAACCACACAACAGAGAGACCUUGAAAGUGGGGGAAGCUUCCAUUGAUUGCUCCCAUAGUAUCAGGCAUCAGCAAAUUCACACAGGGAAGAAACCUCUAAGACGUUCCCAGGGUGGAAAAUGCUCCAAGUGUAGAUAACACCAUAUUAGACUGGUCUAACCAAACCCAAGGCAGAGGAUGGGAAGCCCCAAUCAGCCCCAUCUCCCUGCUGCAGUCUUGGUUGCUGAGCGAAUGGGCCACAGGUGGGGGAAGGAAGAGAGAAAAACUUCCCCAGCUGCUCCCUCGGCCUGGCUGAAGUUUCCCCCUCUCCCAUCCUUUCCAGAUGGGAUCCCCCUUCCAUGGAGAUUAAGAGAAGGACACUUGGGCUUGGCCCCACCUUCUGUCUAGACACCUUUCCCACCCCCACAUCUUCCACCAGCCCCUGGGCUGGGCUACUCCAAUUACCUUGAGCUGUUCCCUGGAACGGGGGUGUCCAGAAAGGCUGGUAACUCCUUCCCUCCCCAAAUCCCCCAGGGCACUGGGAUCUGUGGGAUCAAAUAUUGAGGGACCAGGAGGAUCGUUUUGUGCAAGGAACUGGGGAUUAAAUGUUUGAAGCUUCUGGAACUAGGAAGCAGAGCAAGCUGGGUGCUGGGGCUAUCGAAUGUUUGAGGAUCAUGGGUUAAGAGAGGGAGAACACAGGGGAUGGAUUUCCACAGGGCUUUUUGUAGGAGGCCCAGAGAUCCCACCUCUGCCCCCACAGCAUCAGCCUCUGAGGUUCUCUUUAUGUUAGGAAAUGUGGUCGGGAUUAGCCAGCGCAUCUCCGUGACCCUCCAUCAGAUUCCUAGUAAUAAACUGACCCUGAGCAUCUUAUCCCCCUGUUAGCAGAGUGAUGGCCAGUCCCUGAGUUCCCCUUUUGGGGCCAGAUUGUCUCAUUCUCAGAAAUUCUCACAUUAGUUCAGGCCGAGGUGAACACCAUUUAUUGUUUGUACAUUUUCUACCUUAUGGACCAGAAUUAACUAGAUGUUAAAAAAUUGGAGCAGUGACAGUAAAUGUUGUUCUAGCUUCUGUGCUAUUCGAGGGUGAUGGGGUGAGUUGCAGGGAUUCCCUCCUUCCCUCAUCACUAUCACACUCCACCCUUGGCACAGUAACUCUGUCCAAGCAAUAGAGAGUUUUGUCCUCUCCCCAUUCUACCCCUCCAUCUCCCAAAGGGUCACUUCCACAGUGGCCUUGGCUCUCCAUGCUUAGGAAUCACAGUUUGAUUUCUAUGAUCCUAAAUCAGACUCCUGAAGGCUGGAGAAGAAAGUGUCACAGACCUGGGAGUGGGCAGGGAAAUCCCAGUGACCCUCAAAGCACAGUUUGACCUGUCCAGUCUUAUAGCCCUGUUUCCAUCUAUUGAUAAAAUUGCUUCUGGGCUUUUUCUAGGCUAAUCCAGAUCAUUUGUAGAUGGGAAGUUUGGGUGGGUUUUUUUUGUCUUUCUUUUAGCAUAAUGAUGCUAUAACUUUUGUAACUAAUACACACAAAUAAUGAGGCAGGAAGUAAAGCAGGUUUAGCCACUUCAGAAGAACAUGGGUACAUUUAUUUUCCUGAUUUUGAGUCUUAAAAGAUUCUCUGAGAUUUCAGUUUAUGAAUGUGAAAGUGUUUUAUAGCCCAACAUGUAUUGUGGGUUUUUCUUUCUUUGUGAAGGCCGUUUGGUCACAUACUUAAAUAUUAGUUUAAUUUGACAUGAUGUAGCUCAGAUUUGUUGAAGACUUCAUGAGACAAAUUAUCAUUGCCAGAAAAGCCUUUUUAAAAAAAUUAUUAUUUUAACCUGUCUAACCCUUUGUCAUGAGAUCUUUUGUGUGUUGGAACAAUGACAAUGAUCUAUAUCUCUCAGCACAAACACUGAAGGUGAGAGCAAGAUUGACAGACUGAAACAGGGAAAGAAGUUAUUCCCUGAUCCCUGCAGUGAUGUGAGAAACAGUCAGGAGGGGGAGAAGGUGGGAGGAUCAGAGCUAGGAAGCUGCUGGGUUUGCUCUUCAGAGCCAGACAACUGAGGCUGAGAACUGUGAACUCCCUGCAUCAGAGCCAGAGAGAGACAAGAAUAGGUCUAUGAGUGUCGUGUGAAGCUGCCCCUGAACUCUAAAGGGUCAUGAAUGACACCACACAAAGAAUGAUGGGGGCAGGAGGACAGUCUCUCUCGAUUGCUGAAAUGAUGAAGUUGGGUGCAGGCAAGAAGUGAGCUGGGGAUGUCAACAGACCUGGCCAGCCUUGAAGCCAGGCUGACCCCAAUCAUUAUGGCCAGAGAGAUAUGAGGAGCCCUAAACCUGGCUGGUCAUCUGUUAGGAUGUCGAUAUUCAGGCCUGUCUGUAAAGGCCUAUACUCUAAGAAUUUAGGUGUAUUCUUAUCACUUAGCUAGUUACAGAGGUAUAAAAGAAAGAAUCAAAAUCACUGUCUCCUGGUGUAAGGGCCUUCUCUCACUGUGACAGUCUGAGGCCCUGUUCUUAGGCUAAGGCCUUUGGGUAAGCAGCAGAGGCAGCCAUAAGCUGGGAAGCGAACGGUCACCUCACAUUCCAGAUUAGUCACACUGAAAUAAGGCAAUCUGGGGCUGUUACAAAGGUGAUCUGAUCUAUCACCUCCAGAGAAAAGGAAGAGCCUAGAGGAUGUAAAAGGAAGUUCAGUUUGAUAGUUUUCUGUUAGUUAAGAACUCACUUCACAAUAGACACAGCUGGGAAACCCUUAUGUCUUUAUAGAUGUAGUUGUGAAAUCUUCACUUCUGUAUUGUUUUGUCAUUUGUCACUUUGCUAUUGUUUAUUUGCAUGGUCUCUGUCUGCUUCUGUAAUUGUUUCUGUCUGCUGUAUAAUUAAUUUUGCUGGGUGUAAACUAAUUAAGGUGGUAGGAUAUAAUUGGUUAAAUAAUCAUGUUACAGUAUGUUAGGAUUGGUUAGUUAAAUUUCAGUAAAAUGAUUGGUUAAGGUAUAGCGAAGCAGAACUCAAGUUUUACUAUAUAGUCUGCAGUCAAUCAGGAAGUAAGGGGGGGGAAUGGGAACAGAAUGGGGGUGGGGAAAUUGGAAUCAUGUUUUGCUAAGGGGGAGGAAAUUGGAAUCGUGUUUUGCUAAAGGGGAGAAUGGGAACAGGGACACAGGCAAGGUUCUGUGGUGUCAGAGUUGGGAAAGGGGACGCUAAGGAAGGAAAUUGGAAUCAUUGCUUGCUGGAAGUUCACCCCAAUAAACAUCAAAUUGUUUGCACCUUUGGACUUCGGGUAUUGUUGCUCUCUGUUCAUGUGAGCAGGACCAGGGAAGUGAGUGGGUGAAGGAAUAAGCCCCUAACAUCAUCCAUCCCCACUGAAUCUACUGCAGUGUCCUGUGUUGGGACAAGAGAGGCUGUCUCUGCCCCACUCACCCCACCCUGCAUCCCUCCAACCUCAGCUUUUUGGGUUUCCUGCUUUCGGAUUGUUUGCUUUUGUGACUGGGUCCCCGCAUCUCUCAUGGCUUCUUUGCACUUUUCUACCAGUUUGUAAAUGUUGCUGUUGCUGGUGCAUGAGGGAGUUGGGUGCAGCAAUGUGCUGGGCUGGGACUGAAAUGUGCUGAGCUGGGCUGCGGGUGGGGAAGGGAGUCUGUCUUUGUUCCUCCUUUGAAAUAAUAAAGUAGAAUUUUGUUUC